UGAGAGCCUGGUUUGCGACGGGCACUGAGUAUACUGAGCAUUGGAGAAACAGGUGAAUGAAGCCAGGACAAGUCCAUCCGUGUGUAUCGACCUCUAGCCCUUCCUCUGGUUCCGGCUGGCAGGUCGUCUGUUCUAACGUGUAUAUUUCUGGAGACCCCGAGAUGUGAAGGUCUGCAGGGACUGUGCUCUCCCAGAGACCCUUUAGAAUGCGAAUCCCUUGGCUUAGGCAACGUUUCCCGUUCCUCUAAACCCUUUCCCCGACCAUAUAAGGAGAGGCAGCUGCUGGGGGCGUCUCUAGGAUCUAAAGAUAGCAGCCCCUGCCUCGGACUCCAAACGCCGCAGGGCAGCGGGAGCAGCCAUGGCACGGCAGCAUGCCCGGACCCUGUGGUACGACAGGCCCAAGUAUGUGUUCAUGGAGUUUUGUGUUGAGGACAGCACGGAUGUCCACGUGCUCAUCGAAGACCACCGCAUUGUGUUCAGCUGCAAGAAUCUUGAUGGAGUGGAGUUUUACAAUGAGAUUGAGUUCUAUGCCAAGGUGAACUGCAAGGACUCCCGGGAUAAGCGCUCUGGCCGCUCCAUUACUUGCUUUGUGAGGAAAUGGAAGGAGAAGGUGGCCUGGCCCAGGCUCACCAAGGAGGAUAUCAAGCCCGUGUGGUUGUCUGUGGACUUUGAUAACUGGAGAGACUGGGAAGGGGAUGAAGAAGUGGAGCUGGCUCAGGUGGAGCAUUAUGCAGAGCUUUUGAAAAAGGUCAGCACCAAGGGACCACCCCCUGCAAUGGAUGAUCUGGAUUUCACCACCACCGUGGUCUCCUGCCGUCCCGCGGAGCUGCACACCGAAGGAAGCAACGGCAAGAAGGAAGUGCUGAGCGGUUUCCAAGUGGUACUGGAAGACACGCUGCUUUUCCCCGAGGGCGGGGGACAGCCUGAUGACCGUGGUACAAUCAAUGACAUCUCUGUGCUGAGAGUGACUCGCCGGGGCACCCAGGCUGAUCAUUUCACCCAGACGCCCCUGACCCCUGGGACUGAGGUUCAAGUCCGGGUGGACUGGGAACGGAGGUUUGACCACAUGCAGCAGCAUUCAGGGCAGCAUCUCAUCACCGCAGUUGCUGAUGAUCUUUUUGGGCUGAAGACAACAUCAUGGGAGUUGGGGCGACUCCGGAGUGUCAUUGAGCUGGACAGCCCCUCUGUGACUGCAGAGCAAGUAGCUGCCAUCGAGCGGAGUGUCAAUGAAAAAAUCCGAGAUCGGCUGCCAGUGAAUGUGCGAGAACUGAGCCUGGAUGAUCCAGAGGUGGAGCAGGUGAGGGGCCGGGGUUUGCCGGAUGAUCACGCUGGGCCUAUUCGAGUUGUUACCAUCCAGAACAUUGAUUCCAAUAUGUGUUGCGGGACCCAUGUGAGCAAUCUCAGUGACCUUCAGGUCAUUAAAAUUCUGGGCACUGAGAAGGGGAAAAAGAACAAAACCAAUCUGAUCUUCCUGGCUGGGAACCGGGUGCUGAAGUGGAUGGAGAGGAGUCAUGGCAUUGAGAAGGCGCUCACAGCUCUGCUGAAGUGUGGAGCAGAGGACCACGUGGAAGCAGUGAAGAAGCUGCAGAACUCCAGCAAACUCCUACAGAAGAACAACCUGAAUCUGCUCAGAGACCUGGCUGUGCACAUUGCCCACAGCCUUAGGAGCAGCCCAGACUGGGGAGGUGUGAUCACAUUACACAGGAAGGACGGCGAUUCUGAGUUCAUGAAUAUCAUCGCCAAUGAGAUUGGGUCAGAGGAGACCCUCCUCUUCUUAACUGUAGGCGAUGAGAAAGGUGCUGGACUCUUCUUACUGGCAGGACCAGCUGAGGCCGUGGAGACCCUGGGGCCCAGGGUGGCUGAGGUGCUGGAAGGCAAGGGAGCUGGGAAGAAAGGCCGCUUUCAGGGCAAGGCCACCAAGAUGAGCCGGCGGGCAGAGGUGCAGGCGCUUCUCCAGGACUACGUCAGCACGCAGAGCGCAGAGGAGUGAGGACUCGGGCGCCUCGCUGGUCCCCCGUUGAUAGCGGGCCUCCUGAGACCGCAGAAGGAGUCUCUUGGACAAUAAAAUAGUUUGACUUGAAA